AUGUCACUCAGAGGUGCAAGGAGCUUAGCACCACAGUCUCCACAUCCAGCUGCUUGCCGCUGGAGAAAACAGGACAAACACCUCUGGUCCUGGUGCCCAGUCUGCACCAAUAGCUUUGGCUCAUUAUGGCAUGAAAAGUGGCAACAUUAA